GACGGAGAUCAGUGGCUUCCACUGUUAUGGUGGUUGGGGUGCUGUGCCUGCUUGUCGAAGGUGUUUGAAAGUUUGGGGUCUCUGAGAGACCACUUUUGUCAUGAAGGUUGUAGAUCAUGACUGGGAGGCAGUCCACUCCCCUGCAUGGAGCUUAUUAAGAGGGGGUCAGAGACUCAGCGUGGAUCAGUACCACAAUAACAGCUGCAUUCAGUCCAGGACAUUUUAAUUAGUGUGGGUUUUAGUUUGUAAGUCAUCAUACUGGUACUUUCAUAAUUACUAUUGAUUUUAAUUAAUGGAGAUUAGCUUAAAAAAACUGUAACUACACAAUCGAAAGUGACGCGAACAGACCUGGUGUAGUGGCAGAACGACAUGAAUAUGUCACAGACCUAUCAGACAGAUCUGGAAGUCAUUUUGGAGUUCCUUGAAGAGCACUGCAGACAGGAGACUAGGGGCCAAUGGGAAAAUGCUGAUUUCAGUAUGAACCAGCAAAUGAUUGGAGAUGACUACAGCAUUCUGUCACACCACAUGGAUUCUUUACAACUGCUUUCCUCAACAAAGGCUCAGCAAGCUACAGGACCACAGCUGAAGGAAAUCGGAUUUGAUUCAGCUGGAAUAAGGCAAUCAGUAAUCCAGGGCAUGUCCAUAGAGGAAGCUUUAAACGCUCCUGCUGGUGAAAAAAUCCCUUUAAGUCAACAUGUAAGCCCUGAGGAAAGAGCCGAAUCAUCACCCAGCUCUACACCUGCAGGCAGAGGGAAAAAGCUGCGUCUCUUCCACUUUUUGUUCGAGAUGCUGGAAGACCCUGGAAUGGCACAUUGCUUGUCCUGGGUUCCUGCGUCGGUGGGGGUUUUCCGCUUCUCCUCCACAUAUAAAGAGCAUGUGGCUGCACUCUGGGGCCAGCGCAAGGGCAACCGAAGGCCCAUGACCUACCAGAAGAUGUCCCGCGCCCUGAGAAACUAUACCCGCUCGGGCGAAAUCAUCAAAGUGAGAAAAAAACUGACCUACCAGUUUAGCGGAGCCACCCUGACUACAUUAAGGAGCCAGCAGAGAAUGAAGAAUGCCUAAUGCUAACAGGGUGAUUUUUAAAAUUCCUUUUAUGAUUCUCUGUCCAUCUCUGGUUUGUCAUUAGUAAGCAUACAGUAUGUGGCUGUAAUGAAGCUUUGAAGCAGCUAUUCUGUCCAGUGUGACUUAUGCCAGCUAGAGGUGUUUCAUAACAAGUCAUGACACUAAAUACAAUACAAUACAAUAAAACAUACUAAAAAAAAAGUAAACUUAUACCAUGCUAAAGGAAACACACUUAAACAUCCCAGUUUUUGACUCAAUGCUUCAACACCUAGCACAACAUAUGUUCUGCAGCAGUAUGUCUGUCUUUGUGUUACUCUUA